GGGGCGGGGCCGGGCCGGCAAGAUGGCGGCUGCGCGGCGCGGGAGCGCGUCCCCCACGGCCCUCUCCUCCGUCCUCCUGCAGAUGCUGCUCUGCCUCAGCGGCGUGUAUUCCAUCCUCUACCUCCUGGCCACGCUCCUGCUGAUCGCCUACAAAAGCCAGACAUUCAGUUACCCUCAGGACCACCUGGUGCUCGACCUGAUGCUGCUGCUCCUGACCGGGGCCCUGGAAGCAGCCCGCUGGCACUGCGGCAUCAAGGGCAACCUGACAGAGACGGAGCUGCCGCUGGCUGCCAGCCUGGUGCUCACCGUGGCCAGCUCCCUGCUGUCCGUCUACUUCCUGCUCUGGCAGACUCUGGUGCUGUGGGCGGACUCAGUCCUCAGUGCCACGCUCCUGGUGCUCCACGGCCUGGAGGCAGUCCUGCAGGUGGCGGCCAUCGCUGCCCUCAUCAGCUAGCUGGGCACCUGAGGCCCGGGCGAGGGAGGGCAUGCUCCCAGCUGGUUUGGGCGGGAUAGAGUGUUGGGGGCAGGACCAGGCAGAACCAAGUGUUGGUGAUGGGGACAGGUGCAGGCUGAGUCAGGGCUGCCUUGGACAACCCUCGGGGUACCCCCGCAAGGCAGCAGGGGCAGUGGGCUUCACCGGGCACCGCCUAGGAGCCUGGCCACUCCCUCGAGGGUGUGCCCAGCCACACACAUUUUCCCACUGCGGCAGCAUGCCCACGUGAUGGGAACAGCUGGGGUGGCAGGGAGCCCCGGAUCCUCAGCCGCUCCGGCCGAGUCCCGGUGGAGAGCUCAGAGUGGAAGGUGCCGUGUGGCCUCUCGGCUCCUUCCCCAGGCUCUGGGUCAGCCGACCCCGGGGCAGCGCACCUCUCCCGCCGGGUUGGUGCAGCCACUUCAGGGCUCAGGUGUCCUGCUCAGCCAUUAGAAUGCCCGGCGGACCCGGGCCUGCUGUAAGCGGAUCCUUCUGCAUCGCCGUCCUCCGCAUGCAUGCUCCUCCGGAGCGUGUUCUGUGCGGAACAACAUGUCCAAGGGGCUGGGUCCUCCUCACCGCGGUGUUCAAUAAAGAAG